GUAUGCGAAUCGCUUCUCGUUUCUUCCUGCAAGCAAAAGCGACAGCGGUGAGGAAUGUAAGCGCCGGAUUAGAUUUCGAACUAGAAGUAUUUUUAAAAACAACUAUUAGCAAGUCGACUAUGUGCUCAAUUUGAAAACAAUAAAACGUAGAGCAGCAGACACACAAUGUCGAAGACUACAGCUAAUACCGCACGCUCAUCAAAGUCGCAGGCGCGCAAAGCCAUCGGAACGAAGCAGAAGCCUGCGACAAAGGCAGCUAGCCUGAAGCGGACGAGAAAAGGGACAAGUCAUAAAACAGCCAGCAGCAUGAGACAAAUGGGAGCAAAAACAGUUGCUCUGGUGGGAAAGAAGAAGCAUGUCGCGGCUACAAAAAGAGCGUCCGUCGUGUUGAUAAAAAAGCCGCCACUGAAAAUAAAAGGUUCCACCAUGAAAAUGGUUACGAAAUUGAAAACAGCUGCUGCUAUGAAGAAACUCGCAACUACGACGAGCAGAUCGUUGGCGCUACCACGACGCACGACGAAGUCCUCAGCCAAAACCACCAGCACUUCGUCCAGUUCCACGGCCGCUUCGAAGGCGAAAACCAAGACAGCUGCACGCACCGCACCCAUUGCCAUUCCACCUAACCAAUCGACAACCACCACCACCGCCGAGGACUGCGGUUGGGCGGGGUUUUACUCCAAUGCCACCUCUGCGCUGUACCAGGAGUACCAUGACAAGGAGUGGGGCCGGCCGCGGCGGAACGGCAUAGAGGAUGAUCCGAUGUUGUUUGAGAUGCUAGUCCUCGAGUUGUCCCAAGCCGGGCUCUCGUGGGCCACGAUUCUGAACAAGCGGGAAGCGUAUCGGAAGAGCAAGCUGGUGGACCUGGACUUUGUUUUAGAGAAGGUGCAGAGUAGUAGGAAAAAGGUUGGCGGUGCAUCAACUUCGGCGAAAGCUAGUGCGAACAAGGCGCAAGAACACGCUAAGCUGUUCGACAGAGCCGUCGAGUACUUUCUAGCCCUUCCGGGCGAAAAGAAUGACUCCAUCGUGAGGAAUCGCAAAAAAAUCGAAGCGGCAAUCUUCAAUGCGGGGAAGUUUAGGGAGAUUCAGCAGCAGUACGGCUCGUUCUGCGAUUUCAUGUGGGCUCUGGUGGAAGAGCAUGAGACCUCUUCUCGUCCAAGCAAUAAAACCACCAGCGCUGCCCCCUUGGUGAAAAUCAAUAAGAGGGCAGAGUUGCUGGAGAACGUCAGGCAGAGGCAGCAGCCAAAGCCUUCUGACCUACCGGCACCACGCGCUGCGGCUGGGGCGUGUAAAAAUCCUAUUAUUUUGAAGAAAAUGCCGGUUAUCAACACCAGUUACAAAACGAUGAAGGACAUCCCGGCGAAGACCUCUUUAUCGGAUUUCGUCGCGAAGGAGCUGACCAAAACGUGGGAAAUGAAAUUUCUCGGCACCACCACCGUUUACGCGUACUUGCAGGCGUGCGGUUUUGUCAACGACCACUUGCCCACCUGCUCCAAGUGGAAGGAGUGUUGCUGAUUUCGAUUUAGUUAGUAGCAAGAAUGCUGCGAUAUAGCGAUACCCAUAGAUAACUCCGGUCAUCUUGACAAUUUUUUUCGAAAGCCGACGAAUGUAUGAUUUGCUGUUAGAUGGGACGUGCAGCGGUAAAAGUAAUUGUAAUAUCUUUUCAGUCAACGGCAAACGAACUCGUGGCAGCGGGCAGCACCUUCCGCAAAAGGUUCCGGCACCGGUACACCUUUACUGGGACAUUUGUGGGGGGGCGCGCGAAGCGUGAAUACGAUCAUGUCUUCGUACGCUACAGAGAUCGGGGUCUGUGCAGAGCAUACCAUGUUACCGACCAGACGCACAAGGAAUCUGACCACAAACUGGUGACGAUGCGGCUGGAAGGAAACGCGGCACGGGUUCCGCGCGCGAGGGAGCAGCUAGGCAAGCAACUGAUCCGGCAGCAAGGCGAGGCGCUAAAGAUAGAGGAGAAGUUGCAAGCCGUCUACACAGUGGACAAGCUGGAGAAAAUAGCCGGUGGGGGGACCACACCAGCAACAGCAGUGGAAAUUUGGGAUGACUUCGAGCAAACCAUGAAGCCACUGCUGCGGGAGCUGGAGGAGGAGUGGAAGAAGAACAAGACAGAAACGAGGAAAAAGCCCUGGAUCGCAGACCGCACCUGGGAGACCAUCCAGAUGCGGAAGAAGCUGAGGGAGAGCGGAAAACUCACGAAGCAGUGCGCGGGAAGGCUGCGCAGGCAGAUCAACCGAGAGGUGCGGGAGGACAAGGAGCAGUGGCUUCGCGAGAAGCUGGAGCAGCUGAAGAAGGCGGAUAGCAGUGGCAACGCAAGAACGGUAUAUGAAACAGUGCGGCAGAUAGCGGGCCGCGCUCGGGCCAGGGCUCAGCAGAGCCUCCCGGGCGGGGAGGAGCCACACCUUGCGUUCUGGAAGAGCAUCCUGGGCCAGGACCGACCAGACGCGGGGGAAGACCUGAAAGCGACGAAGGCGUGGAAGAAGUGCGAGCAACUCCUGUAUGAGACCCCUCCCCGACCCGUGUGGACCACAGAAACAACAGGGGCCCCAACAGACGGCGAAAUCGACCAAGCGGCUAAGGAGCUGAAAAAAGGCAAAAGCCACGCCGGAGACUUCCCGGCCGAAUUCUUCACCCACUCGGAGACCGCGCGCAAGGUUCUCCGCAGUGUGGUGCGGAAGAUCUUUGAAGGGGAGGAAGUACCGCAGUCGUGGUUAGACGCGACAAUUGCACUGUUGCACAAAAGCGGGCCACGAGCACAGCCGCAAAACUACCGCCCCGUGGCGCUCUUGCACUACGGGGAAAAAUUAGUGUCCCUCCUGAUACUAAAGCGGGUCCGCAAGUCCGCAUACAGCUACGUGAACAAGAAGCAAAAGGGGUCCAUACAGGGGUUGAGUUGCCGCCACGCAGUCUUCCAGUUACUGCGAGACAUGGAGACAGCCAUCCGCAACGGCGAGACGCGAAUCUAUGACUUCAUUGAUUUUCAGAAGGCAUAUGAUUCGCUCGACUGGGAGCGGCUCAAUUCCGUCAUCCGCUGGCAGGGAUUCCCGCCAGAACUUGCAGAGCUUGUCCGACGGAUGUACCGCCGGGCGACUUUCUGCCUCAAGCUGGGACCGGGAAAACAAAGCAGCGCCGCCGAACAGCGGUCCGGGAUACGCCAGGGAAGCAGCCUAUCGCCCCUCAUUUUUAUCCUCGUGUUAAAUUUUGCGUUGUGCGCACUAGAGGAAACGAUGACAGAUGACGGGCUUUGGGUGGGAUGCAGAGUAGACCCAGCGUACCUGUCUUGGCUGGGGUUCGUGGAUGACUUGGUGAUCAGGUCAAAUACGAAGGUGGAGGCGCAGCGCGUCCUCCUACAGCUGCAGGCAGCGUGCAGAUUUGUGGGCCUGGAACUAAACGCGAAAAAAACGGAGGCGAUGACGAUAGGGCUGCCGCCGACGAAAAAGAACAACGAAGACGCCAAAAAGGAAAGAAUCCGCACCGACGAGGCUAGCGGCGAGCGGUGGGGGUGGUCCAUCGAGUGGGACGGGGUGGACCUCGUGCCACACCUGGCGGAAGCAGCACGACGCAAGCAGGCCGCGCUUCCGAAGGUGGGGAAAGUAACGCACUUAGUAGCCUGGGACGACGGAAAGUACAGCCUGUGCCUGUACAAGCGCACAGGCUGGGUGGAGCUGGACGGAAGGGAGACGCUGCGCUUUGUCCGCAUGGGCAAAGUGCGAUCUGUUUUGGAGGAAAAAAACAUCCAUGUGUGCCCAGUGUGCCAAGAUGUCCUUCCGGACGAACGGGCACUACGGGGGCACAUGGCAACGGGCUUCUGCAGAACGGCCAUGACGGAGCGCGAAGAGAGACAGCUCCGGGUAGGCAGAUACAUAGAGGAAAAGGCCAAGGCACAGCGCGCCACAGUGCUUGUGCCGGCGGACCUAAAAACAGCAGAUGGGAGCGAGAUAAAAACAGUGCCUUCCUUCAAGUAUUUGGGCACAGAAAUAGCAAGCAACGCCAGCACCACCAAAGAAGUCGAAAGGCGGACGGGGAUAGCAACAGCAACGACGCAGCAACUCCGAAAAAUCUGGGCAGAUAAAGGGCUCCCGCGGGAGCUGAAGGCGGAACUUUACACCUCGUUGCGCAGCUCGGUAGCGCUGUACAAUAGUGAGUGUUGGGUCCCGCACGAGCACGACCUCAAGGUCUUGCGUAACUUCCAGAUGCAGACACUGAAAACAGUGACGGGGGAGCGAAGGGAGUGGCAGCGGCAGCAGGAAAGGCAGGAGGAGCAGAACGCAGAGGGGGGGCCGGUAGACGAGGAAGCAGAAUACACCAGCCGCAUCGAGUUAUGCAAAAGAGCAGGCAUACUCGAUAUAGAGACGAUGCUACAGGAGAAGCGGGUAGCAUGGGUUGCCCAUGCAUUCCGCGACACAACAGAAGCCUCAGGGUGGUGGAUAGCAAACGAGAUAAAGGCGAAAACACCAUGGGGCAGGCUGGUGGAGCAAGACCUGCAGCACUUUGGCUUCGAUGCCGCACAGAUGGCGCAGCAGCCGCCAGACGCAGCGGCAGUGAAGGAAGCAAUGCGGCAAAAAAGAAAAGUGGACACGAGCAGAAGAAACAGGCCCAAGCAAACAAGGACAGCAACCGAGAAGACCGAGAAAAUGCGCGAGGAGCAGCGCAAGAGAAUACAGCAACAGCAAGAAGCGGAAAGGGGGCGAGCGGAACUAAUUCAAACGAUCAGCGGCAAGAGCUGGGUGCGUUUACCCGGCCAAAGACGGGAAGUCUGGCGUCUAGAAGAAAGCGACCAGGUGGUGUUUGAAGCAGACAGCACGGAUUUUUGCGAAAACACAGGAAGAGAGAUAGUGUAUGUCUGCGGGGUCUCCUUUUACAAAGGCCAAGAUAACACUUGGCACGCAGAGUGAGUGACUCUCCUGUCACUCCGCACACAGCAGUACUGGGUGCCCGUCCACUCAUUAGAAUGAGAAAAGAUAACGUUUAUCCCGGACACGCACAAAUAUGAUGAUGAUGAUUCAGUCAACGGUUACGGUGGACAGUAAAUUGUGGUUCUGGAGGGAACUACGCAUACGCUACAGGUACAGAAGGAAAAGCCGUCCCUGUAGUUGACGCACUUGUUCAUGCUUUUUGCGAGAGUUCUCCUGCAGUGAUUUUUCAGCGACAGCAGGUCAGGGAAGAGAGGCAAGUGUAUUUGGAGGCGGAGACACGAGAGCCGAGAGUUUUGAAUUUCUCAGGAUGUGGACGAAAUUCAGCUCCCGUCAGGCUUUUUCAUUGUGGAAAGCAGCUUCGCUAAAGAAUGGGCGUGAUGCCAGCGCCGUCUGAGUAGAGGCCUUUCGACGUCUUCUCUGUG